CGGUCCAAUUGCUGACAGCCCUGCUCGUGAAUGCAACUCUGCUGUAGCGCGUCAGCGUCGCGUUGUAAUUUUUGUUGAGUUUUUUAAAUAAUUUUAAUUAGCAUCUGCGUGUCUUACUAUUAGAAUAUCAUGUGUUAAGUGUUUCCCAUUCACGCCACCACACAAAAAGAUCCAAUCAUGAGCGCCACCACCAUCGACAACGUACGGGUGCUGCUUCAGUCGCUGCCUGCUGCCGCCGUAAACAGCGCCACUCAGCCGGGCGAUCUACAGACGCCGGGCAAGAUUGCGGCCCCAGCGACUCCCCUUCGCGCCAAGAAUCCCGCCCAAUUACAGAUCAUGCCGGAGAAGGUCGAGGAGAUGCCGCCGUCACCUCCGGAGGAGUUCUGGAGGGACCUGCAGCAGUUUCACGAACGACGCGGCACUCCAUUGACACAGCCCGCCAGGAUCAGCGGUAAGCAUGUCGACCUGUACAAGCUGUACAACGAGGUAACCGAACGAGGCGGCUUUAAUAAGGUGACCAUGCGGGACGAGUGGGACGAGGUGUACAGCGCCAUGGAGACAUUGCGGGAGCGCUGCGUUAACGGAACGGCUAGUAUCAAGCACAUCUACAGACGCUACCUGGACAAGUACGAACGGUUGAACUUCUUUGGCGAGGAUCCAGACAAGAUGGAGGCUCUGGAGGCGGCUAUUGAGAUUGUAGAAAUGGGCGGUGGACGCUCGCGAUCUCGUUUUUUGGCUGGCGCCGGUGGUGGCCUAGGAAGCAUUUUUGGAUCAGCACACUCUACGUUGCCGGCGGUGCCAAUGGCCUACAACCAGCGCCAGCACUCUGUUAAUGUGGAACGACGCCGACAGUACAAGAUGUCCACGCAGUUGCACCGACACAGCAGCUACGAGAAGCUGCUGUUGUCUCUGCUUUCUCCGCUGCCCAAUGAGCAGGACUUCGCCAUAAACGUGUGCACACUUAUGGCCAACGAGGCGCGCCACACCCUACAGCUGUCCGAGUGCCCCAAACUGCUUGAUGUGCUGCUUGCUCACCUGGGAGUCUACGCUGACUUCACCAUGCGCCAGCUGUUCCAGCACAGUUACACCGAGGUUCGACACCAUUCGCAGCUCAGUUUCUGGCGCGACCUGCUACACGACAAGCCACAGGUCCUAGAGCUCUACACGGAUGAGCAGGCCUGGCUGGACAACGGUCUGAUAAGUAAGGAGGACGGUGAGAACUCUGCCGCUCGAAGUGAACUGCUGGCGGCCUGCGACGAGUUGCACUUCCUUAAUCUGCGCCGGAGCAACGGGACUGAUGAGCGCAUGGGCCAGCGAGUGCUUCAGAUUGUCCAGCUAGUCCGUACACUCAGCUUUCAUCAGGAGAAUCAUGCACUCUUGGCCUCCAACCGCACGUUGUGGCGAUAUUUGGUCAUGGGAGCAAACGUACGAUGGAGCAACAUUCACAUCCAGGCCCUCGAGACCGCUGGCAACCUGGCUCAACAAUUUGAGCUGCUAGACCCCACCACUGACGAGCUAUCGCGGAAUCUUUUAGCUACUCUCUGCGAGGGUAUUGACUCUAACGACCGCGCGGUGAUCAUGAGCUGUCUGGAGAUACUCUAUAAGUUGUGCGGACGAGAAGGCAAUUCGCAGCACAUCAAUCGUUGCCUUGGCCUGGACUUUUACCAGCGAGCCAUGUUGCUCCUCUCGCUUACCGACGUCAUGAUGAUUAUCUUUACGCUGGAGGCAGUUUACGCACUAAGUGCUCUUGGCGCUCGGCCAUGUUCGAUGCUGAUGCAAGUACGUGGCCUAAUAGACCAGCUGGUGACCCUUAUCACAGUGGAGGCUCAGUCAUAUGGCACAGGCGGUUGCAUAUUAAUGCGUGUCGUAGAGGUUUUCCCCGGAAACAUGGCUGCCUCGCUGGCUCAGAACAUGCCCGCCAUUCUUGCUCCAGGUCCCACUUCCCUGACUACACUUCCAACAUCGCUGCAAGUAGCUGUUAAACCGCCAGCAGUUUUACCCACGCCUACACCCGCCCAGACGCAAGUGCUGCCUCACGGAGAGCAAACACCCUUGGUUACAGCUCUCCCCGGUCUGCCAAUGCCCAGUCUGCCACAGGUUCAAUUGCCUGUACCCAGUCUGCCGCAGGUACAAUUGCCACCAAUCGCUGCCACCGUGACCCUUCCCAGUCUGCCCUCCGCCUCCCAGAGUUUUACACACGAGGACGAACAGUAUGCGCUGGCUUGGCUGGGAGCCACGUAUGAACGGGCUGGGAACGGUAACGAUCUCCGUGUGGAACAAGCGGAACUAUACAGAAUAUAUUUAUCGCAUUGCCAGAAGGCGGGUAAGCUUUCAGUGGUUAAUCACAUGCAGUUUCCUCGUCUAGUGCGGCUUAUAUUUAAUCAAUCGGUGGGACCAGUAAUUGUACGGCACCUGGACGGAAUAGAGCUACCUGGGACGUACUACGUAGGCAUUAGGAUGCGAGCUCAGCCGCUAGCCAUGCAACAGAGACCCACCCCCAGCAUUGUUCCUGUUAAAAAGGACACGCCAAUAUUGCCCAAGCAACCAUUUAGUGAUCCUGUUCAAACGGAAGUGGCGUCUGAGGAAAGCGUUUCUUCUGCAGUCACGCCACCCCCAAGCUCCUCGCUCAUCAAAAGCUUGUUGGCCAACAAGGUAACUGAACGCCAACAGAAGCAGAAGGCCCAAGCUCAGACGCCGCAGCCGCCAGCCCUUGUGGCUACCACGGCAUCGGGCACAAAUGCUACCCAGCCCAUCAAGGUAACCUCAACAGCUAUAAGCGCCUUCGUGAACAACCCGCUAAUGCAGCACACACCGGUGAAGGUGGGUCAGACUACCAUUAAGCCGUUGCACCCCCAGAUGGCCAUCGAAAAGAAGCCAAUCACUGAUUCGGCCCCGCCACCUCUCGCUCCAUUGAGUGGUGCAAACGUAGUGACGAAAGACGCCAGCGGGCGCACUCUCAUCAUUGCAUCAGCAGCUGCCAAACGAAAAUUAACCAUUGACGAGGAGCAGAAUAAGCGUCUGGCUUUAGAUGCCGCUGCCAGCAGUUCCAGCAGCUCAUCUUCUGGCGGCAAGGAAGAAGCGCAGGUGACUCCCUCGAAGAAUGCAGCCAAUCUCUAUGCGGAUCUGGCGGCAUCUAUUUUGGAGGAUGAGGAUAUGGAUGACGUUCCACCGCUGGCCAAACCAAGCCAGGAGCAAAGCCAGCAGCACCCGCAACAGGCACAGCAGCUUCAACUCAUUCCGGCUAAAGUGCAACCAACCCAACGUCAACUUGUUUUCCCCGGUAGCAAUGUGGUUUCUCCAGCUCCGCAUUCCCAACUAAAACUUGCCACCACGGCCACCAUAAAGACGGAUCAGGGCUUGCAAACUGUGCCAGUGAUCCUGCAGCCCAAGACUGCAAUGGAUUCCACGCCAGCUCCGCAGACGCAAUAUGUUCUGGCCACCAACCAGCAAGGCCAGACGUAUCUUGUGGCCCAGCAGCCGACUAUUCCGACAUCCACGCAGUCGGCACCACCCACUCUGCUGGUGACGCAAACACCACAACAACAAACGAAGACCAUAAUAAUCCUGCAGCAGCCAGGAGGAGUCUCUGCGGCGAACGUGGCUGGCACUCAGAAAAUGAUAAUGACAACGGCGCAGGGCCAGCAGGUCCUGGUUACCACCACCACAGCUCCACAACUGGCCCAACCGCGUACUUCUACCCCCCAGCAGCAAAUCUUUAUCGCACCCCAGCGACCAGUUCCGGCGUUGGGUGCUGGCCAAAUGUCGCCUUCACUGCUGUCGCAGUUGAACCAGAUCCCGGCUACUAUAAAGCUUCAUCAGCCCCAACCACAGCCGCAGCUCGUUUCGCCGCAAUUAGCACCCCAGCAGCGAUUAGUUGCCGCAAAGCCGGGCGCUUCAUUGCCCAUUCCUCAGCUCCAGCAACAUCAGUCUAUCAUCCAGCAACACAUAAUCUCGGGCCCCUCCACUCCUACUUCCACAGUUGGCGGUACGGUUGGUGGGGAAAAGAGGCAGGUAAUUCUGGGCGGAAUCAAGGAGACCACGCUAAUUACCCAGACGUCGGCCACACCGGCUCCCCUGCAGCAAAGCCAGCUUAACUCGCAGACGAUCAUCACUCAGUCACCUACCAGCACGGCUAUCGUAGGAGGCGUGGCUCUUCAGCAGCAACAUCACAUUCGAUCUGUGUUGGACCAGCAGCAGCAGCAUCAUCCAUCCAUCAUCCAACAGAAGAUAACCAUGCCGGCAAUUUCCGAAGCGACCAAACCGAAAAUAGCACCCGUUCCAGUUUCACCAACUGUAACUCUCCUAGCAAAAAAGCCGGCGCCGCCACAACCUGCUCAAGUAUCUAGCCCCAAGCCAUCAGUCACCCAGGCUGUUGUGGUAACGACGUCAGGAACUAGUGAUUCAACGGAAGGCGGCAAAACAGUUGUCUUAGCAACCAGCGAGGCCAAGCCAGCGGAAUCAGAGGUAGUAGCACAGACGGUUGUCCCACCUGCUGUCGUAACUACAGGUCCCAGCAGCAGUUCUUUGGUUGUCAGUCAGAGCGUCUACGCUGCUUCUGGCCCGAAUGCCAACCCCACGCCCUCUCCCAUGCCCGUGGAUGCAAAUUGGUUGUACAUCUGCGACUGGCGGAACUGUCCCCGCAAGAAAUUCAAGUCUCUUAACGAGCUGCAGUACCACGUGUGCAGUGUCCACUGUCCAGAUCACCUUGAUUCUGAUGCCGACAUUUAUUGUCAGUGGGGCAGCGGACCCAACUUCUGCGACAACAGAGCGCGCAAACGGUACUCAUUGAUGACGCAUCUGAUUGACCGGCACCUGACAACGGAGAACUUGCGCGCCAGUGUGCAACGUCGCCUGGCAACUGGGAUUCACAAUGUGGCGCCCACCCAGGCUCCCGUGACCAUAGUGCGCAACGAGGGUCAUGCCCAACGAUUGGCGGGAGGCGCUACUGGUUCACCUUCGGGUCCUGCUUCAGCGGUUCCAGUCGUUGGCAGCGCCGCAAUGCAAGCUAUGAACCGACACACGACUGAUUACACGAACGCUAAAGAGCUGAUGGACGAAAAUGAGGGUCCAGUCACCAAGAGCAUCCGUCUGACAGCGGCGCUCAUUAUACGCAACCUGGUCACCUACUCGGCUACGGCCAAGAGAAGCCUGAAACGCUAUGAGUCACGCUUGGCCAAUGUCGCCUUUAGCAAUGUGGAGGCUAGCGGAGUGCUCUCCCACAUCAUGUACGAAUUGAGCCAGUAAGCCGAUAUAGCUUACCAUCAAUAUGAUUAUUUAACUGACUUGUAAGAACGACACUAAAAAAAUGUGAAAAGC